UGUUUUGUGAGAAUUAGAAUACUUAGAUGGUGCUAUCAAUUAUAAACACAAGGAUGGAAAAGGACAAAUAUAACUAUAGAUCGGAUGCAUUUCUUGACACGAUUUAGAAGAAAUUGUAAAUACACAGUGCAAGUGUCUAAAGAUGUGAAAAACAGGAAAUUAAAUAUUCAAAAUGUUAGAUUGUUACGACAUUAUGUGUUGUUCUAGCUAUGAUAAGGAUUCAAUAUGUCAGUGGAUCGCUUGCAACAAUAUAGUAUGUGUUCGAAAAAAUUUAACUUGCAUAACUCGAGAAAGUAAUUCUCAUUAUGCAACUAGUAGUAAAUUGCCAAAUAUUAAUUUUAGUUUUAAUAAUAGUAAAAGGUUAGAAGUUGGUGAAUCUUGUAAUAAGAAAAAUCACAAAUCUUUCAAUGGUUCUAGUAAAAUCAGUGCAAUAAAAUAUAAAUUGUGUAAUACGACAUUAAACAAAUUUGAGUAUGAAGAAUGUCAUUUAUUAAGGAGAUGCUGUAAUUUAAAAUCCUCCAGUGUUUGUACAAGUUCUGUGUGUGAUAAAGUAUCUCGGACCCGACAAGCUAAUUCAGUAUGUUUUCAUCAAAGGCCAUGGGGUCAAAAUAAUAGUAGAUUUUAUUUUUUUAUUUUUUUACUUUUUAUUAUGUUUAUGAGAGUCACAGCAAAUGAACUUUCUGUGGAGACUGAUGUAGCCUUUAAAAAUAAAAGUGAUGUUUGUCGAGAUAAUUAUGACAUACGAAAUGAUCCAAAGCAAUUUAUGAGGCUGCGUGGGUGUCGAAUUAUUGAAGGAUAUUUACAAAUAUUACUAUUUGAUAAUUACAAUGAAUCAAGUUACGAUGGGAUAUCAUUUCCUGAAUUACGUGAAAUCAAUGAUUACCUUAUGUUUUACCGAGUUUUUGGUCUCAGAACGCUUUCUAAACUUUUUCCAAAUUUAGCAGUGAUAGGUGGAAAACAGAGAUUUCAAAAUUAUGCUUUAAUAAUUUAUGAAAUGCAAGAUAUGCAGGAAAUUGGACUUAUAUCACUAACUGAUAUUUUGGACGGUGCUGUCAGAAUAGAGAAGAAUCCACAAUUAUGUUAUGCAUCAACAAUUGACUGGACAUUAAUAGCCAAGAAAGCUAAAAGAGAUGAGCAUAUGAUACUGGAUAAUAAAAAUCCAAAUGAAUGCCCAAGUUGUCCAGGAGAUGAUACUGAUCUAUCUCAUGGGCUUCAAUGUCCAGAAUCUAGUUAUGAACACAAAUCUUCACGAAGAUUAUGUUGGAAUCAAAAUCAUUGUCAAAAAGUGUGUCCUGCUAUGUGUAAUGGCACAUGUGACAAUAACAAUAAUUGCUGUGAUGAGAAAUGCAUAGCUGGAUGUCCUGGAGACAGUAAAAACUGUAUUGCGUGCAAGCAUUAUAGGCUAGGGCACACAAAAGAUUUUCAAUGUGUUGAAACAUGCCCUGCCAAUACACUAGUGUUUCAAGAAAGGCGCUGCGUAACUGAACAAGAAUGCCGUGAAAUGCCUUCACCUAGAGGAGUAACACUACCAGAAUCAUCUAGUCCCCAGCAUUACAAGUCUUUUGAAAAAAGUUGUAUUCUUCUCUGCCCCAACAACUAUAUUCAGACUGAAAAACCUGAUGGAAAUUUGACUUGUGAACCAUGUUCUAAAGAAAAUGACUGUAGGAGAGAGUGUAAUGGUGGUGUUGUGAACAAUAUUGCUUCAGCACAACAAUUGAAAUAUUGCACACAUAUACUUCAGAGCCUGGAGAUAAAAAUUAUUGGAGCAAUAAAUAUUGUGAAAGAACUUGAGGAAAAUUUGGCAAUGAUUCAAGAAAUAAAUGGAUAUUUGAAAAUAGUUAGAUCGUAUCCAUUAGUAUCAUUAAAUUUUUUAAAGAGCCUAAAAAAAAUUAGAGGAUCUUCUUUAGAUAAUGGAAGGUACUCACUUGUGGUUAUGGACAAUGCAAACUUACAAGAUUUAUGGGAUUGGAAAAAACAUGGACCUAUAGAGAUCGGCAAUGGUAGUUUAUCAUUUCAUUUUAAUCCCAAGUUAUGCAAAGAUAAGAUUGAUGAAUUGAGAAAUAUGAGCAAAACGCCUCUUGAAAUCGAUCAGAAUUCAAACGGAGAUAGAGUUCCUUGUAACGUAAAACGCUUAAACGUAACUAUUGCUGCCAUAUCUCAGAAGGCUGUUUUAAUAAAAUGGGAACCAUUUCCAUAUCCAGAUCAACGUGUACUUCUAGGCUAUGUGGUAUCGCGCAUGAAGGCUCGGUAUCGAAAUGUUACAGUAUACGAUGGUCGCGAUGCUUGUGGUGGUGAUGGAUGGAUUGUCGAAGACGUAGCUAAUCAGCCUCAAGCAAGUGAAUUUCUUCACAUAUUUACACAUCUCGAAUCCUACACUCAAUAUGCUUUCUACGUUAAGACGUACACUAUAGCUUCAGCUGUAGAAGGUGGCCAAAGUCCGGUUCUUUAUUUUACAACCUUACCCGAUCAGCCAAGCCCACCUCAAAAAAUGACGGUACAUUCAAACUCAAGUUCUGAAAUUGUUGUCAAAUGGGAACCUCCAAUAACACCGAAUGGAAACGUAACUCAUUACAUUAUCGAUGUUAAAUAUCAACCUGAUGUCAACGACAGAAAUUAUUGCAAAGACGGUUAG